GAAAAUUGGGAACCGGACCUAUAUGAAAAAGAGCUCUUGAUGCGUACGUGGAGUGAUGAUUUUGAAUAUUUAUAUCAACUUGGCUCGAAUAUUUACACAUAUAUAUUUCAAACAAAUCCAAAAGCGAAGCAGUUAUUUCCUUUUAUGGAAAAAUAUGGCGAUCGAUGGAAGGAAUCUAAGGAAUUUCGUAGCCAAGCACUUAAAUUUGUACAAGUUCUUUCCUUAGCUGUCAAAAACGUUUAUCAUAUGGAGAGGUUAGCGCCUCUACUAUAUAAUAUUGGUGAAAAACAUGUCCAAUUCAUCGAUCGGGGAUUUAUUCCGGAAUUUUGGGAUACUUUCUUAGAUGCUAUGGAAAUAUCGUUGGAAGCUCAUAUAAAGUCAUUAAAUGAUUUUAACGAGAAGCAACGUAAUGAUGCAAUACGUACGUGGAGAACUUUAGCUUUAUAUAUUAUAACUCAUAUGAAAUUUGGUUUUAUUGAUGGUUUAGAAACAAGAAGGAAGUCAAAAUUAAAAAUCUAG